UUCAUCGCCUCCGCCGUUGUCGCCGUACAGCCGCAGCCAGCCGGGGCCGGUACCGGGGUGGCCGCAUGUGCGAAGUGGGGACGCGGCCGCCGCUGGCCGCCGAGCGCGGGGAGCCGCCCGGGGGUGCCACCGCCGCCGAAAGGUGCCGAGACAUGGGAGAACAGCCCAUCUUCACCACCAGAGCCCAUGUCUUCCAAAUUGACCCCAGCACGAAGAAGAACUGGGUUCCCGCAAGCAAGCAGGCUGUAACUGUUUCCUACUUCUAUGACAGCACGAGAAACAGCUAUCGGAUUAUCAGUGUGGAUGGAGCCAAGGUGAUCAUAAACAGCACAAUCACACCUAACAUGACCUUCACUAAAACAUCACAGAAGUUUGGCCAGUGGGCAGACAGCAGAGCAAAUACUGUGUUUGGUUUGGGCUUUCCCUCUGAGCAGCAGCUGACCAAGUUUGCAGAGAAAUUCCAAGAAGUAAAAGAAGCUGCCAAACUAGCAAGAGACAGAUCUCAAGAGAAAAUUGAGACCUCAAGCAAUCAUUCCCAGGAAUCUGGACGGGAAACACCAUCUUCCACUCGAGCUUCUAGUGUGAAUGGCACAGAUGAUGAGAAGGCAUCACAUGGUGGUCCUGCUGAGGCACAUCUCAAGUCUGAGAAUGAUAAAUUAAAAAUUGCUCUAGCCCAAAGUUCAUCCAAUGUGAAGAAGUGGGAGGUAGAGCUGCAGACGCUGCGGGAAAGCAAUGCCCGGCUGACCACCGCACUGCAGGAGUCUGCUGCCAGCAUUGAGCACUGGAAGAAGCAGUUCUCAGCCUGCAAGGAUGAAAAUGACCAGCUCAGGAGCAAGAUUGAAGAGCUGGAGGAACAGUGCAAUGAAAUAGAUAAAGAGAAGGAAAGAAAUGCGCAACUGAGUAGACGUCUCCAGGAACUGGAAACAGAACUUCAGGACAAAGAACUGGAACUGGAAGAGCUCCGAAAGCAGGGUGAAGUUAUACCACAGCUAAUGUCAGAAUGUGAAUCUGUAUCUGAACAAUUACAGGCUGCAGAGAAAAAGAACAAAGACCUCGAAGAGAAAGUCAUAAUGCUAAGGACAGAAGUUGAAGAGAGCAAACAUAGGCAGACCAACCUUAAAACUGAAUUAAAGAAUUUUUUAGAUGUACUAGAUGGGAAGAUAGAUGAAUUACAUGACUUCCGACAAGGACUGUCUAAACUUGGGGUUGACAAUUAGAUGGCAAUAGCUUAUUUUUUUUUUAUUAUUAUUAUUUGGUUUUGUUUUUGUUUUUUUGUAAUCUAGGGUCUGGAUGUUUGAUGUUUUGUUGAUCCCAACUGUAUUUUACAAAAUAUAACUAAAACGUUCCACUUGUUUGCAUUGUUUUUGUACAUAGAGGCUGAAAAUUUG